AUGAAGCUAACAUUGACCAUGAUCUCGAUUGUUGAUGCACUCGAAAAUAUUAGUAUUUUUAACCAAAAAUAUCUUCUAGAGCCAGACGUCUCAACUAUAACAAGUUUUCAUCAUGGAUGGAAAGAUGAGAUCUUUGUAAUAACUCGUCAUUUGGUGUCUUCCUCUUCUUCAUCUUCUCAUUUCAUACGAUCAUACGAUUAUUUAUACCUUCCAAUGUUAAUUGAAGAUGAUGACGGUGUCGCUGCCAAAAGGGAGAUUGUACAACCUGUACUUGUGGAGAGGAAAAUCAAAAAUGCAACUCCAAAUGUAACUGUCAAUGUAAUACCAACAAGAAAAUCAAGAAUUUCUUAUAUUACCAAGUACAAACCACUUUUCCUAUCAACAAUCUGUUUCAAUUGUUGUGAGAAUAUAUUUAAUGGCGCUUCCUAUCAACUUUUGUCUGUUAUCAACCAUUCUCCCCAACAAAUUACAGGAAUUUACAUUUGA